AUGGCCAACCGCCUGGAAGAAUUAAACGGACGCCGCCAUUUUGAUUAUGUUGUUGUGGGCUGUGGUGGUAUAGGAAGUGGCGCCCUCUACUGGCUGUCAAGGAGAGCUCCAGGCAAUGUACUUGGCCUAGAAAGAUUCAACCUGUACCAUGAAAAUGGUGGAUCACAAGACGUAUCAAGAAUAAUAAGACUGAUGUACCCGGCUGAACGAUAUCUGAGGCUGACACCGGAUACUUUUAAAACAUGGGAGACGAUAGAAGAAGAGUCUGGCAUGCAACUUGUCUACAAGUCUGGAGGGCUGAUCAUCACAGAGCGAGGGGUCAGUGACCAGAUUCUGGACGAGUACGAAGACAGCUUGAAGAGGCACAACAUGCCGUACCAACGCUGGGAUCACAAGCAACUCAUGGAGCAUUACCCUCAGUUUACAGCUGGGCCUGGAGUUAAAGCCCUAUUUCAGAAGGAUGCUGGGAUUGUGGACGCUGCGCUGGGCAAUUCGUUACAUGUCCAGUUAGCCCAGGGGCGUGGAGCCAAAGUCUUGGACAACUGCCCCGUCUCCAGGAUAGUGCGCAGACAAGAUGGGCUCAUUGAGGUGGGCACUCCACUUGCCAACUUCACGUGUAAGAAGCUCGUGAUAACUGCAGGUGCUUGGAUCAACAAUAUCCUGAGUAUGAUCGGGUGUCACGUGCCUGUCUACAUCACGCAAGAGAACGUCACGUACUUUGGUACUCCGCACGUGAAGGAGUUUACAGCAGACAAGUUUCCGUCGUUUGUAUGGCACAGCCCAGAGCACGUGACGUACGCUUUACCUGUGCACAGGAUCAGUGGCACCAAAAUAGGCAUCAACUCCUACUCCCAAGUCGUGACAGGUGAUACUCGGACAUGGACGCCAGAUCCUGUUAGACUACAGCUGGCGAUCGACUUCUGCAGGAAACGUGUGCCUAAGUAUUUAGGUCCAGUCAUUAAAACUAAGACCUGUCUGUAUGACAUGACAUCUGAUGGAGAUUUCCUCCUGGACACCUGCGCUAAAGCCGGCUUCCAUGACGUCAUCGUCUGCUGUGGAUCCGCGCAUGCCUACAAGUUCGCAAGCCUUCUGGGUAAAAUCCUCAGCGAGAUGGCAGUGGACGGGGUCACCAAGUACGACAUCUCAGAGUUCCGCUGGGACAGGGAGGGUCUGACUGACCCCAACUUUAAAACAAUCACCGAGCAUUCAGACACGGGGAGGAGCAAAUUAUGAUAAAAUACAGUGCAUCUUGACAUCAUCAGUCUCCGCCUUGAUGUUAAACCUUGACAAGCAAACCUAGGCUAUCAAAACAAAACUAAUCAUUUAAGUUGUAUCACG